GGGGUGGAGGGGUGGAGGGGUGGACUGGUCAAACGCUGCAGAGGACGCAGAGGACAGACGCUUUUUAUCUUCGAUCAUGCCAAGAAAAAUUGAUGCAGCGACGAUGGAUGAAGUUGGGAUAGAGGUAGACGGGGAUUUGAGUGACAGUGACAGUGACGACGGUGCCGUCCGGAGGAGACCGAACAGGAGGCAGGCAGCUGGAAGAGGAGGUGCAAGGGGAAGAGGUCGAGGCAAAAAAACAGCCAGUGAGGACGAGGAUGAUGAAGAUGAGGAAGAUGAAGCUCCCAGGGGACGCAGAGGUGCAAACAGGAAGAAACCUGCAAAGAAACGUGGAGGCGGUGAUGAUGAAGAUGAGAGCGAUGAGGAAGCUCCCAAGAAGAAACGAGGAGGAGCAGCCAAUAAGAGGAAAGGAGGCAAAGCCCAGGACAGUGAUGAGGACAGUGACGAGGGAAAAGGGAAGAAGGGAAGGAAGGGAGGAGGGAAGAAAGGAGGGAAGGAGGAGGAGGACAGUAAGGGUAAGAAGGGGGACACCAAAGGAAAGGACAAGGGGAAAGACAAGGAUGAUGACAAGGACAAGAAGAAGAAGAAGAAGAAAAAGGACGACAGCUCAUCUGAUUCCAACUCAGACUCUGAUGAGGAGGAGUCCAUGUCAGAGGGAGAGAUGGCCCGGCUGAUGGAGGAGGUGGAGGAGAAAAAGAAACUGAUCGCCACUAUCAGGAAUAAGCCGUGGAGGAUGAAGCGAAGGCUAUCGCACCUGAAGGAGGCUCAAGAAUUUGUGGAUAAGUUUGAAGGAGCUUUGGGCAAAGGGAAAGGCAGGAAGUGGUAUGCCUACAAAGUGAUGAUGACAAAGAAAUGGAUCAAGUUUCAAAGGGAUUUUGAGAAUUUCAGAACAGCUUGUAUUCCCUGGGAGAGGAAGAUCAAAGAGGUGGAAAGUCACUUUGGGUCAUCUGUGGCUUCUUACUUCAUUUUCCUGCGCUGGAUGUACGGCAUGAACCUCGUCCUCUUUGGUUUCACUUUUGGACUGGUGGUCAUUCCUGAGGUUCUGAUGGGCCUGCCCUAUGGGUCGAUUCCCAGGAAAACUGUACCCAGAGCAGAGCAGGCCACGGCUCAGGACUACUCUGUCCUCAUGGACUUCAAUGGCUACUGCAAAUAUUCAGUCCUGUUUUAUGGAUAUUACAACGACCAGAGGACCAUCGGCUUGCUGAAGUUCAGGCUGCCUCUGUCCUACCUCAUGGUCGGGAUCGGCACCUUCGGCUACAGUCUGAUGGUCGUGAUCCGCACAAUGGCCAAGAACGCUGAUGUUGGCGGUGGAGACGGAGAAGAAGGAGAGUUCACAUUCGCCUGGAAGAUGUUCACCAGCUGGGAUUACCUCAUCGGCAACGCAGAGACAGCUGACAACAAGUACGCCUCCAUCACUACCAGCUUCAAGGAGUCCAUUGUGGACGAGCAAGAGAACCAGAAGGAUGAGAACAUUCACCUGCGGAGGUUCCUCAGGCUCAUGGCUAACGUCCUGAUUACCUGCAGCCUCGGCGGCAGCGGAUACCUCAUCUACUUCGUGGUGAAGAGGUCUCAGGAGUUCGCCAGCAGGGACGACCUCAGCUGGUACGAGAAGAACGAGCUGGAGAUCAUCAUGUCUCUGCUGGGUCUGGUGUGUCCUCCAUUGUUUGAGACCAUCGCUGAGCUGGAGGACUACCAUCCUCGAAUUGCCCUCAAGUGGCAGCUGGGUCGCAUCUUUGCCCUCUUCCUGGGAAACCUCUACACCUUCCUGUUUGCCCUGUUUGAUGAGGUCAACACCAAGCUGGAGGAGGAGCAGUCCAUUAAGAACGCCUCCAUCUGGGCCAUGAAGGAGUACUACGCCAACUACUCACGCCUGAUCAACGACACCGAGUCCACCCCACCCCCCAUGAACCCCGCUGAUGUCAUCAGAGGACCCUGCUGGGAAACCGCUGUUGGCAUAGAGUUUGUGAAGCUGACAGUGUCGGACAUCCAGGUGACUUACCUGACCAUCCUGAUUGGUGACUUCGCCCGAGCCGUCAUCGUCCGCUUCCUCAACUACUGCUGGUGCUGGGACCUGGAGGCUGGAUUUCCGUCGUAUGGAGAGUUCGACAUCAGUGGAAAUGUUCUUGGAUUAGUCUUCAAUCAAGGGAUGAUCUGGAUGGGUGCAUUUUAUGCUCCUGGGCUGGUUGGCAUCAACGUGCUCCGCCUCCUAAGCUCCAUGUACUAUCAGUGCUGGGCCGUCAUGGCCACCAAUGUCCCUCACGAGAGAGUCUUCAAGGCCUCGAAGUCCAAUAACUUCUACAUGGGCCUGCUGCUCCUCAUCCUCUUCCUCAGUCUGUUACCUGUCGUCUACACCAUCAUGACCCUGCCACCUUCAUUUGACUGUGGACCAUUCAGUGGGAAGGUGAAGAUGUUUGAUGUGAUCAUGGAGACGAUCGACCUGGACCUGCCGGCCUUCAUGGGGACGCUCUUCAGCUACGCAGCCAACCCGGGCCUCAUCAUACCUGCUGUAUUGCUCAUGGUACUGGCCAUCUACUACCUGAACGCAGUGUCUGAGGCCUACAAGAACUCCAACAUGGAGCUGAAGAAGAAGAUGCAGAUGGCUCGGGAUGAAGAGAAGAAUCGGAGGAACAACACGGACAGCACCAACCAGGUCAUGAAAGACUUGGAGGACCUUCUGCCCAACCGCUCCCUUGCCCCCCCAGCUCCACCAGAGCCUGAAAAGAAACCAGAGCCAGAACCAAAGCCAACUAAGACGAAGCCUGGUAAAGGUGUUAACCUGGAGAAAGAUGUGACUCUGGCAUCGCCCAACCCCAACGUUCAAAGACCGGUGAGCCGGCCACCAGGGCCGAGAGGACAAGGGCCGAUGCCGGGUCCAGGUGCAGGACCGGGCCGAGGCCGUGGGAGAGGGCCCCCUCCAAGAUAACAGUGUGAGAAAAUCACUUCCCUGAAGACUGUGUUCAUCCUCGAGACAAUAUCUGUUCAGUUCAAAGCACAAACACAUUCAGCAGAGUGUUAUAUAGCGGUAUUUCACAAGAGCCUUCAUUUCCUUUCAUGCUUCUUUACUGACAUCAACAGUUUGAAGUUUGUCAGAGGUCAUUCUUGAAACUUUUUGGAACCCUGUAAACUGGAACCUACAGCUGCUGCUUUGUCUUGAGCAACAUAUAACUCAUGAAGGACGACUGUUGAUCUGUGUUUCGGUCCUGUUGGUUCCCGUAUGAGUUAAACAUGGGUUAACAUUGGCUAGUGUCCAAAUUGUCUUCUGAUUGACAGGUGUCAUGACUCAGGAUAGGGAGGCCUCAAUUCCAUGACUCAGAGACAACGGUAGAAGUUCAAAACAGUUCAUCUUUAUUAAUGCUCAGCAGACAAAAGCAGGCAGGGACAAGUAAUGAGUGAAGUCUAAUCUUAAGUUAAAUUCAAAUGAAUUCAGUUGAACAGUUAAACCACUCUCCUACAUCAGAACAGUACUUCACCCUGUGUUACCAGAUAACUCACUGGUAAUGGACAUGAUCGUGUGUUAUAGUGCAACACAUAAAUGAAAGUGCAGAGUACUGGUUACUAUGGCUCACAGGUAUAUAAAGUAUGAAUGGAAACAUGAUGACUAUUCAUACAGAGUCUCAUUUCCCUUAACGAUGCCUUCAUGACAUUCCUUAUUUUUCUAUAUAACACGUAUUAUUGCCUAUGUGUAUAAUAGCCACAGAAGGGGAUUGGCUAGCAAGCACUCGCACUCGCUAGCACUCACUUCCCUGAAGACUGUGUUCAUCCCCAAGACAAUAUCCGUUCAGUUCAAAGCACAAACACAUUCAGCAGAGUGUUAUAUAGCGGUAUUUCACAAGAGACUUCAUUUCCUUUCAUGCUUCUUUACUGACAUCAACAGUUUGAAGUUUGUCAGAGGUCAUUCUUGAAACUUUUUGGAACCCUGUAAACUGGAACCUACAGCUGCUGCUUUGUCUUGAGCAACAACUAAACUUGACUGACAAUGCUGUUUGUCUCUGUGACGAUAAAACACGUUUCCAAAAGUAAAGACAGUUCUCUCAUCUGGGCUCAUCAACCACAGGAAAGAAAGAUCUUAGGUGUCCAGACACUGUGAAAUCUUGAUAUCCAUAGAAACUAUAUUUGUGGUUUUAAGAACCAAAAAUCUUGAAUGUAGUUUUACGCCUCCUGCCUGGAGGUCCAGCAGGUCUAACAGGUCAGUCAGCCAAUCAGAAGAGAGGCUCAGAGCCUAUAAGAGGCCAUGCUGGGGGCACAGCUGAGGGUGGUGACUGUUUCAAUGUGACAUCACAAACUUCCUGAUGGCUUGUUCUAAGGCUCAGUUUCUGAAUACAGGCUGUGUGCAUUUCUCUGUGGACUGAGCGCUUUGAUACUUUCACUGUAUUAGUAUAGAACCUAGACCUGCUUUAUAAUCAAACAACACAUGGACAUCUACCUUUAGACUAUAUGUCAUAUAUGUGUAUAUGUAAUGUCAGUUAAGCAUAUUUUCAUGCAAUUACGUUAUGGUGAUUUUGAAGAGAUUGGCCUCACUAUCUCAAACAUCCCCCACUCAGUUUGUUCAUGUACUUUAUGUAAACACGGUGUGGUCAUGUCUGAUGUCUCAGUUAUUGAUUUUCAACACAUCUGUGCCUCUUUUACAUUUACAUUGACUUUCAUUCAUGAUAAGAUUCUGACUUUGCAAUAAAGUUUAAUAUCUUUUAAAACA